AGUGGAUAGAUCCACAUUGUUGUUUGUUUGCUUGUCCAGAAAUAAUAACAUAACAUAACCCAUCACCGGCUGUAGUGAUUUAUUACAUUGUUUGAAUGCAUUGAAUAAAACACUUUAUGAUAUUAUUCGUGACUGCUUCGUGAGUGAUACACUUGAAUCGAGAAUGUAAAUCAUUUUUUGAUUCAGUUCAUGGUUGACAGUUUUUUAUAUGAGAAUAUCUGUCAUCAAAUGUCAAGUAUUUCUUUCAAAUGAUACUAUGACCACUACCAGACCAAUAGAUAUGUCAUUAUCAUUAGUAUUAAAACAGGAAUGUAAUGAUAAUAGUCUCGAGGAUGACGACGACGAUAUUAGCAGUGUCUCUACCAUGCCAUUGCCAGCAAUUCCUGAUAGGAAUUUAAUUGCGGCUGAUGAUCCCAACGAUGAGUUCCUACGUCUUACUACCAUGGUGCGUGGUGUUUACUUCUCUUAUCUGCAGAAGUCUCUAUUGAGUAAUUAUGUUGUCUGCUGUACUCCCAAUAAGAAGGAUGUCACUCAGAUCGAUUUGAAAACAUGUGCUGGACAGAUGGAACUAAAUGCAGUACGUGCAUCCUUGGAGGCUUCCUUAUAUAGGCAAGCAAUGCUUAAAAUGAUUUCAGAUAUAAAGGCGCAUACCUCCAGAAAGAAAGUGCACAAGAAGCUGGAAGCGUUUCUAAGUACACCUCCAAGUAAGGUCAGCAUAGCAGUACAAACAGAGGAGCUUACAUUGGAAAGAUUUCAAACUCCAGAUACAAUAGAGAAUAAACAUCUUCAGGAUUGUUCAGAGCUUUUAAACUCUGAUGAUUAUACUCUUGCAAAAAUAUUACAAGCCAAUCUGGAGCAGGAUAGUCUAGACCAGAGGGUAUCAGAUCUCCUAAAUGAAAAAGAGCAUCCUGGAGGAAGAAGUCCUAUGAAAAAGCCUUCAUUGAAUGCCUAUUUAAAGUCUGAGGACUGUUCAAAUGAGCUUGAGAAAGAUCAAAAGUUGGCGACCGUCAAGUCCGAAAUGGAUAACCUAGAUGAUGAAGCCGGGACUUCUCAAACAAAGAACGAUAUUCAUGAAAUCUUUGGCAUUGGUAACACGACUAAAACAGUAUUGCAAGAAAAUGACGAUUCCCAGGAUUCUUUACUCCAACACAUGGAAGACAUGUUCUGUGAGAGUGAUGAUAGCAGUGACUUGAUGACCCUUAUUGAAAAACAUUCUGGAGUCACAAAAGCAAAUAUAGACCUAGAGAUAGGUAAAAUGUGUCCAGAAUCAACAAAAGAAUCUAAACCAAACGCCAAAAAUUCGUACAAGGACAAUACCGGAGCACCAUCCGAAUUGCAUGCAAACAAGCGUAAGCUCAGCUUCAACAAUUACAAAAGAAUGAAAAAGCAAGCGACAGAGGGGACGCCGCUGUCGCAAGAAGAGACCCUUGAGGAUAGGAAAAGGCGUAAGAUCAGUAAAAUAUGGUUCGUGGAAAGGGUCCACCAGGUUUCAAAAUUAAAAACAAGGAUGACAGAGAUCUCUAUAACAAAUUACCGUAAGCACGGUAGAAUAAAGGCUAAGUUUCUGGAGCUCUUUGGGGAAUCCGAUGACGAGGAUAUGAUGCCAGACUCGCCUAUCUGCAUUGAGGAACAUUUGACUGCCUGCAAGGAGAGAAUCGCACCCUGGGUAGUUAAGCAUCUCAUGCCGUUUUACAAGAAAAAGAGAAUCAGCGACCGGACACUCUUUAAAGAAGUGGCCAAAUUCAUUGCUGAUAUGCUCAUCAUCGAGAACACUUUUCCCGGUCAGCCCUUUCACCAAAUCAUCUGUUGUUGUGCCUUGUUAUUCAAUCCUAACGUGACAUCUGGCAGCAUGCUAUUGCUAUUGUACACAAUUAGAAUUACUCUUAUAUACACCACUUUCUAUAGCUCAGCAAAACGUACAAUAGAAUUCUUCAGUUGUAUGACAAGCAGCACGUUGUUUCUGUUCUAGUUAAUUUUUAUUUCUUCUCAUAGCAUGGUAGAACUACUGUGCCUUGUUGUUCUUUAUCACUUAACAACACUAUCAUUCUUCAAUUUGUUCUAAAACUUCGCUGCGCAUUUUGUUUUUAUAUUUCAGAGGAGAACGAUGUUAGUAAGCACGUGCAGGACUACUUCAGGAACAAGAAGAGCAUAAAGGCUAAGCCUGAUAUUUAUAUUUAAAAUGUCAGUGGUACACAAAUCAUCAUAAAAUGUUUGUUCUUAUUUUAUGACGACUUGCUGUAACUAUGUGCAAUAGCAAUAAUAGUUUUCCUUAAUGUGUACAUAGCAGAGUCCAAGAACGGCAUAGACACUAACUUGUAUAUAUUUCUCGUCCACUAUUGGAGAAUUUAUCACACUGCAUAAUAAUAAUUUUUAUUAAUAACAAAGAGUUCGGAAAUCGUAGAUAAGUAAAGCUACACUUUAGUUUUUACAUUAUUGCGUUAACGGUAGCUCUUCUGAACGCAAAUGAGUUUACUCUCUAUAUUUCUUAUUACUCUUUAAUUUUUGAAGUUGUACAAAUGAUGCAGCGUAAACAGCUGAAGAUAAAUAAAAAUGUAGAAUAUCCCUUGUAUAAGGUAACAAUAUUAAUAAUAAUAAGAGAGUAUUCAAAGACUGACGUCAUAACUCGGCUGAAAAUAUUUCUUUUCCCUUUCCGUUAACUUAAUAUUAUUUACAGUAGCUUUUAAUCAAUUUUAUACUGUUAUGUAGCGAACAAGUUUGUAUUCUUUUUUUAAUAUUUGAACAUUUGACUAUAUCUCUAUUGCCUACGAAUUGUUUCAAGUACUUCAUUUAUCUAAUUAACAUUUAUUCUGUCAGUUUAUAGAAUAUGAAUUAUACACAAUGUCGAUCAAUGAAUUUGCGAUAAAUAAGUUGACAGCAUGAACAACCAAUGUCUCAUAGUCGAUCAAUCAAAUCAACAUUAUUGUGGGUUGAAUAUUUAAUGACAAAGCAAUAAAGAAAUUUGUAAAA